CUAUUGACUAGGAUAGAAGAAUCUAGAUCCUUAAACUCUUCAUUAUGUCUGUGAUGACUCACUUUGUCCACUUCUGUUUCUUCUAGAUAAGUCUCUUUCUCUUCUUAGUUACCCUUUCUCAUAAUAAAAAGAAAAACUUUUUUGUGUUUAGCUUGAAAUUUCUAGUACAUUAUUGGUCAGUUGCUCUUUCUGCUUUCUCAGUUCCGACUCCUUUCUCCCUUUCCUUCCCUCUAUAAUUUCAAAAUAAUCACUUCACUUUUCUGUUUGGAAGUGGAAUAAUAGGCUAGCUAAAUAUAGUCUGUGAAUUUUAUGUAUUUCUGUGUUAAAAAUCUUGCCUUUUUCCUUAUCUGUAUCUGAAUUUUUGUAUAAUAUCUAGCUCUAUUUUGCUAUAGUUCCAUUCUGGACUCUUUCUUGUUAUUGAUUUAGUUUCUGCUGACUCUCAAUCUUGUAGCUUGAGCUCACUUGGUUAUAGAAAAGAACUUUCUUUAGCUCUUGAAUUUGUUUUGUUUUUGGGGUGGUGUUAUCUAGCAGAGGUUAUUGGCAAAAUGCGAUCUUUUGCUUUUUCUAAGUCAUUUGGGGUAUUAUGUCUUGUAACCUUGUCAAUGGUUUCCAUAUUGCAUUUAGUUUGUGGGAUAGGUGCCAAUUGGGGCACUCAAUCAACACACAAUUUGCCUCCUGAGAUACUAGUCAAAAUGCUAAAAGACAAUGGGUUCCAAAAGGUUAAGCUUUUUGAUGCUGAUUAUGAUACACUUAAGGCUUUGGGCAAUUCUGACAUUGAAGUUAUGGUUGGUAUUCCUAAUGACAUGCUAACAACCUUGGGUAGCUUGAAAGCUGCUGAGAAAUGGGUUUCCAAGAAUGUUUCUGUCCAUCUUUCUGACAACAAUGUGAACAUCAGGUAUGUUGCAGUUGGAAAUGAGCCUUUCUUAGAAACAUAUAAUGGAAGUUACCUAAGAACAACUUUUCCUGCUCUACAAAAUAUCCAAACUGCACUCGUAAAGGCUGGCCAUGGUAAUCAAGUGAAGGUCACCGUCCCCCUCAAUGCCGAUGUUUAUGAGAGUGCCAGUAGCUUGCCAUCCGGUGGUGAUUUUAGAGCUGAGAUCCAUGACUUUGUGAUCCAAAUAGUCAAGUUCUUAAGCGAUAAUGGUUGCCCUUUUACAAUCAAUAUCUACCCAUUCAUAAGCCUCUAUAUAGAUUCCAACUUUCCAGUUGAAUAUGCGUUCUUUGAUGGAAAUGCAACACCUCUAAACGAUGGCGGGACAAUCUACACCAACAUGUUUGAUGCAAAUCAUGACACUCUUGUGUGGGCUUUAAAGAAGAAUGGGUUCGGGAACUUACCUAUUAUAGUCGGAGAAAUUGGUUGGCCCACAGAUGGGGACCGCAAUGCUAACCUACAACUAGCGCAGCGUUUCAACCAAGGGUUCAUGGCUCAUAUAUCAGAAGGAAAAGGCACCCCUAUGAGGCCUGGGCCUGUUGAUGCCUAUCUGUUUAGUUUAAUUGACGAGGAUGCAAAAAGUAUCCAACCUGGGAAUUUCGAACGUCACUGGGGAAUAUUCGCCUAUGAUGGGCGACCAAAAUACUUACUUAACCUUGGCACUACAAAUUCAGGAUCUUUAGUUCCAGCUAGUAAUGUGAAGUAUUUGGAAAGAAAAUGGUGUGUGCUCAAGCCUGACGCUAAGCUUGAUGACCCCCAGAUUGCGCCUAGUGUGAGUUAUGCUUGCGCGCGUGCUGAUUGCACAAGCCUUGGUUAUGGGACAUCAUGUGGAGGCCUGGAUGCGCGAGGAAAUGUUUCAUAUGCAUUCAACAGCUACUAUCAGAUAAACGAUCAGCUCGACGAUGCCUGCAAGUUCUCAGGGCUUGGGACAAUCACAAAGUCGGAUCCAUCUACGCCAAGUUGUAAGUUUGGGAUCACGAUCGAACCAUACUAUGGAGGUGCAGAACCAAAACUUGCCUAUACACGGAUUUUAUUGUCUCUGAUUCUCUUGCUAUGGACAAUUUUGUGACGUUUUACACCUAUUUUUUCUAGCUAUCUAAUUUGUUAUAGAAAUAGUUGUUACCCUUCAAUGUACCAUACGUUAGUGAUUUGUCUUCUUUAGAAGCUCUUUGCAUUAGGAACAUAAUGUUUCCUUGUUUAGAAGCUCAUUUCAUAUUGGAUUUAACUUAUAUACA